CUCCCAUUUCUCUAACAUAACAUCCAUGGCUUCUUCUUCUUGUUUGAUUCCCAGAACUGUAAUUCUUCUUGUUUCCACUGUGGGUUUUCUUCUUCCAUUGCAACUGCAGGCCCUGAAAUCGCCGUUUUCUCCUCGCGACGUGCUUCCAUUACUACCAAGAAAGGUGUCAUGGCGGAUUCUGAGCUCUUUCGAAAACCCCGCCAAUCUUCUUCCGGCAUACGUCGGAGCUGUCUCCUCUCCUGAGAAAUCUGUUCAGUGGCAAGGGGCUUGUUUCUAUCAGAACACCGCAUGGCUGGAGUUCCAUAACAAGUCUGGCUCUGGAUAUGGCGGCGGUACGCUUCAUAUAAAGGUUAGCAAUGCACAUAGUCUAACAUGUACGGAUGUUUAUAUCUUUGCAACUCCAUACCGCUGGACUUGGGAUGGCUAUUUUCUGUCUAGAGAACAUACUCUCGAGUUCAAUCAAUGGGAAGGAAAGGAAGAAUUUGAAUAUGUUAAAAGGGAAGGGGUUUCAAUUUUCCUGAUGCAAGCUGGAGUGUUGAAAAGCCUUGAAGCACUGUACAGUGUCCUCCCUUUGUUUGCAAACUCUGAGUGGGGCGAGCAAUCCAAUAUUAAAUUUCUUGAGAAUGAAAUGAGUACCACCUUCAUGGAACGCCCUCCUCCAUGGAGUACCAGCGUCAAUGUUGAUGAUAUCAACUCUGGAGACUUCUUAGCACUGUCCAAAAUUCGUGGCCCAUGGGGUGGCUUUGAGACUCUAGAGAAGUGGGUUACUGGUUCAUUUGCUGGCCAUUCUGCUGUUUGCUUAAGGGAUUCUGAAGGAAACUUAUGGGUUGCUGAAUCUGGGCGUGGCAAUGGUGGAAUGGAGGGUGAUAUUAUUGAUAUUUUAGCAUGGGAUGAAUGGUGGGACUAUGAACUCAACAAAGAUCCAUCCAAUCCCCACAUUGCAUUGCUUCCUUUGCAUCCUGAUUUGAGGGCCAAGUUUAAUGAAACUGCUGCAUGGGAGUAUGCAAGGAGCAUGGUUAAGAAACCCUAUGGCUAUCAUAACUUGAUUUUCAGCUGGAUUGACACCACCCACGGAAAUUAUCCUUCUCCCUUGGAUGCCCAUAUGGUUGCUUCUGCUAUGACUAUAUGGAAUCAAAUGCAGCCGACCCUGGCAACAAAGUUGUGGAAUGAAGCUCUAAACAUACGACUUGGAACAAAGGGGCUUGAGCUUCCUGAGAUUCUAGUUGAAGUGGAAAAGCGAGGAUCAUCUUUUGGGGAACUAUUGGCUAUUCCUGAACAGGAUGAUUGGAUCUAUGAAGACGGGAAAUCAGCAUCAUGUGUUGCUUUUGUCCUUCAAAUUUACAAGGCAGCUGGCCUUUUUGGUCCGCUUGCUACCUCAAUUCAAGCCACAGAGUUCACUAUAAAAGAUGCAUACAAUCUCAACUUUUAUGAAAACAAUUCAAGCCGGCUUCCAAAAUGGUGCAACGGUGGGGACAAUGUGAGGCUUCCAUAUUGUCAAAUUCUUGGAAGGUAUAGAAUGGAUUUGCCUGGAUAUAAUACCAUCCAACCCUAUCAACAUAUGAACGAAAGGUGCCCUUCUCUUCCAACUUACUUCCAUCCAAACAACUGCUAGAAACCCUCUUCAAGGUUUCUUUCGUGUCGUGCGGGUUGGCUCUUGAAUACUUGACGAUAAUAAGUAGUAUAAGUAGUCUUGCCUUUAGUUUAAAGUUUGAUGGGAUACUCACUAAUAACAGACGUGCCUAGAAAUAAGACGUCUUACAAUAAAGUAAUAAGAAGUUCAUCGUUUCGUUUAA